AUGAGUCAUCGGGAAUUAAUGAGCGUGACUAACAAAAUUGUAAACAAAAUUGUAAACAAAAUUGUAGACAAAAUUGUAAACAAAAUUGUAGACAAAAUUGUAAACAAAAUUGUAGACAAAACUAUAGGCAAAGUUAGAAGGAUUUUAUUAAGGCAGAUAAGCCGCAAAGGAUCAUA